AUGCAACCAAAUUAUCUAGAUCGAUCUGGAUUUUUAAAAACGGGUUACAGGUGUGUUGAACUCCACUCCGUUUCACUCCGUUUCGUUCAACUGUUUAUAGAUUACAGUAGGUUUAUAGGUUACAGGUGUGAUGAACUUCACUCUGUUUCACUCCGUUUCGUUCAACUGUUUAUAGAUUACAGUAGGUUUAUAGGUUACAGGUGUGUUGAACUCCACUCCGUUUCACUCCGUUUCGUUCAACUGUUUAUAGAUUACAGUAGGUUUAAAGGUUACAGGUGUGUUGAACUCCACUCCGUUUCACUCCGUUUCGUUCAACUGUUUAUAGAUUACAGUAGGUUUAUAGGUUACAGGUGUGUUGAACUUCACUCCGUUUCACUUCGUUUCGUUCAACUGUUUAUAGAUUACAGUAGGUUUAUAGGUUACAGGUGUGUUGAACUCCACUCCGUUUCACUCCGUUUCGUUCAACUGUUUAUAGAUUACAGUAGGUUUAUAGGUUACAGGUGUGUUGAACUCCACUCCGUUUCACUCCGUUUCGUUCAACUGUUUAUAGAUUACAGUAGGUUUAUAGGUUACAGGUGUGUUGAACUCCACUCCGUUUCACUCCGUUUCGUUCAACUGUUUAUAGAUUACAGUAGGUUUAUAGGUUACAGGUGUGAUGAACUUCACUCUGUUUCACUCCGUUUCGUUCAACUGUUUAUAGAUUACAGUAGGUUUAUAGGUUACAGGUGUGUUGAACUCCACUCCGUUUCACUCCGUUUCGUUCAACUGUUUAUAGAUUACAGUAGGUUUAAAGGUUACAGGUGUGUUGAACUCCACUCCGUUUCACUCCGUUUCGUUCAACUGUUUAUAGAUUACAGUAGGUUUAUAGGUUACAGGUGUGUUGAACUUCACUCCGUUUCACUUCGUUUCGUUCAACUGUUUAUAGAUUACAGUAGGUUUAUAGGUUACAGGUGUGUUGAACUCCACUCCGUUUCACUCCGUUUCGUUCAACUGUUUAUAGAUUACAGUAGGUUUAUAGGUUACAGGUGUGUUGAACUCCACUCCGUUUCACUCCGUUUCGUUCAACUGUUUAUAGAUUACAGUAGGUUUAUAGGUUACAGGUGUGUUGAACUCCACUCCGUUUCACUCCGUUUCGUUCAACUGUUUAUAGAUUACAGUAGGUUUAUAGGUUACAGGUGUGAUGAACUUCACUCUGUUUCACUCCGUUUCGUUCAACUGUUUAUAGAUUACAGUAGGUUUAUAGGUUACAGGUGUGUUGAACUCCACUCCGUUUCACUCCGUUUCGUUCAACUGUUUAUAGAUUACAGUAGGUUUAAAGGUUACAGGUGUGUUGAACUCCACUCCGUUUCACUCCGUUUCGUUCAACUGUUUAUAGAUUACAGUAGGUUUAUAGGUUACAGGUGUGUUGAACUUCACUCCGUUUCACUUCGUUUCGUUCAACUGUUUAUAGAUUACAGUAGGUUUAUAGGUUACAGGUGUGUUGAACUCCACUCCGUUUCACUCCGUUUCGUUCAACUGUUUAUAGAUUACAGUAGGUUUAUAGGUUACAGGUGUGUUGAACUCCACUCCGUUUCACUCCGUUUCGUUCAACUGUUUAUAGAUUACAGUAGGUUUAUAGGUUACAGGUGUGUUGAACUCCACUCCGUUUCACUCCGUUUCGUUCAACUGUUUAUAGAUUACAGUAGGUUUAUAGGUUACAGGUGUGAUGAACUUCACUCUGUUUCACUCCGUUUCGUUCAACUGUUUAUAGAUUACAGUAGGUUUAUAGGUUACAGGUGUGUUGAACUCCACUCCGUUUCACUCCGUUUCGUUCAACUGUUUAUAGAUUACAGUAGGUUUAAAGGUUACAGGUGUGUUGAACUCCACUCCGUUUCACUCCGUUUCGUUCAACUGUUUAUAGAUUACAGUAGGUUUAUAGGUUACAGGUGUGUUGAACUUCACUCCGUUUCACUUCGUUUCGUUCAACUGUUUAUAGAUUACAGUAGGUUUAUAGGUUACAGGUGUGUUGAACUCCACUCCGUUUCACUCCGUUUCGUUCAACUGUUUAUAGAUUACAGUAGGUUUAUAGGUUACAGGUGUGUUGAACUCCACUCCGUUUCACUCCGUUUCGUUCAACUGUUUAUAGAUUACAGUAGGUUUAUAGGUUACAGGUGUGUUGAACUCCACUCCGUUUCACUCCGUUUCGUUCAACUGUUUAUAGAUUACAGUAGGUUAAUAGGUUACAGGUGUGUUGAACUCCACUCCGUUUCACUCCGUUUCGUUCAACUGUUUAUAGAUUACAGUAGGUUUAAAGGUUACAGGUGUGUUGAACUUCAAUAUCAAUAUUUAUUUUUAAAUACUUUUAAAGUCAUAGAUGCAACCAAAUUAUCUAGAUCGAUCUGGAUUUUUAAAAACGGUAGGUUUAUAGGUUACAGGUGUGUUGAACUCCACUCCGUUUCACUCCGUUUCGUUCAACUGUUUCUAGAUUACAGAAGGUUUAUAGGUUACAGGUGUGUUGAACUCCACUCCGUUUCACUCCGUUUCGUUCAACUGUUUAUAAGUUACAGUAGGUUUAUAGGUUACAGGUGUGUUGAACUCCACUCCGUUUCACUCCGUUUCGUUCAACUGUUUAUAGAUUACAGUAGGUUUAUAGGUUACAGUAGGUUUAAAGGUUACAGGUGUGUUGAACUCCACUCCGUUUCACUCCGUUUCGUUCAACUGUUUAUAGAUUACAGUAGGUUUAUAGGUUACAGGUGUGUUGAACUUCACUCCGUUUCACUUCGUUUCGUUCAACUGUUUAUAGAUUACAGUAGGUUUAUAGGUUACAGGUGUGUUGAACUCCACUCCGUUUCACUCCGUUUCGUUCAACUGUUUAUAGAUUACAGUAGGUUUAUAGGUUACAGGUGUGUUGAACUCCACUCCGUUUCACUCCGUUUCGUUCAACUGUUUAUAGAUUACAGUAGGUUUAUAGGUUACAGGUGUGUUGAACUCCACUCCGUUUCACUCCGUUUCGUUCAACUGUUUAUAGAUUACAGUAGGUUUAUAGGUUACAGGUGUGAUGAACUUCACUCUGUUUCACUCCGUUUCGUUCAACUGUUUAUAGAUUACAGUAGGUUUAUAGGUUACAGGUGUGUUGAACUCCACUCCGUUUCACUCCGUUUCGUUCAACUGUUUAUAGAUUACAGUAGGUUUAAAGGUUACAGGUGUGUUGAACUCCACUCCGUUUCACUCCGUUUCGUUCAACUGUUUAUAGAUUACAGUAGGUUUAUAGGUUACAGGUGUGUUGAACUUCACUCCGUUUCACUUCGUUUCGUUCAACUGUUUAUAGAUUACAGUAGGUUUAUAGGUUACAGGUGUGUUGAACUCCACUCCGUUUCACUCCGUUUCGUUCAACUGUUUAUAGAUUACAGUAGGUUUAUAGGUUACAGGUGUGUUGAACUCCACUCCGUUUCACUCCGUUUCGUUCAACUGUUUAUAGAUUACAGUAGGUUUAAAGGUUACAGGUGUGUUGAACUCCACUCCGUUUCACUCCGUUUCGUUCAACUGUUUAUAGAUUACAGUAGGUUUAUAAAUUACAGGUGUGUUGAACUUCACUCCGUUUCACUUCGUUUCGUUCAACUGUUUAUAGAUUACAGUAGGUUUAUAGGUUACAGGUGUGUUGAACUCCACUCCGUUUCACUCCGUUUCGUUCAACUGUUUAUAGAUUACAGUAGGUUUAUAGGUUACAGGUGUGUUGAACUCCACUCCGUUUCACUCCGUUUCGUUCAACUGUUUCUAGAUUACAGAAGGUUUAUAGGUUACAGGUGUGUUGAACUCCACUCCGUUUCACUCCGUUUCGUUCAACUGUUUAUAAGUUACAGUAGGUUUAUAGGUUACAGGUGUGUUGAACUCCACUCCGUUUCACUCCGUUUCGUUCAACUGUUUAUAGAUUACAGUAGGUUUAUAGGUUACAGGUGUGUUGAACUCCACUCCGUUUCACUCCGUUUCACUCCGUUUCGUUCAACUGUUUAUAGAUUACAGUAGGUUUAUAGGUUACAGAUCGUACUGGAUUUCCAAAUGUAUCGACCAAGAAUCCAAAAUUAACCAUGUUUACAACUCAGAACCAAAAGUAUGUAAAAUUUUAAUUAUUUUUGAAACUUGGAGCCAAGAUCCAGUAAAGUUUUAAUCAUGUCUGAAACUUAAAAUCAAGAUCCAGUAAAGUUUUAAGCAUGUCCGAAACUUAAAACCAAGAUCCAGUAAAGUUUUAAGCAUGUCUAUAACUAAAAACCAAGAUCCAGUAAAGUUUUAAGCAUGUCUAUAACUUAAAACCAAGAUCCAGUAAAGUUUUAAGCAUGUCUGAAUCUUAAAACCAAGAUCCAGUAAAGUUUUAAGCAUGUCUGAAACUUAAAAUCAA